GGGAGGCCGUUGUGUCCUGCCGAACGUCGGCUUGCGGCGCGUCUAAAUCCUUUUGGGAGCGCUACCAAUUUAUCAAUUUGUUUAAUCCUCAUAUUCAGAAGAUUGCGCAAAGGCCAAGGCUUCACGAAAUUUGGAGGGUAUAUUAGGCAAGGUAACAGCGUUGAUGAGUGAAGAAGCUCGAAAGGAAGCCAUGAACAAUCCCAACAACAGUCGGUGGAAGCAGCGAUGGCUGUUGUUCAAGCGAAACUCUCUGCUCUCAUCAACAAAGUACGCCCUUGUCAAGUUCACUUCCACCGUCCGAGGCAGCAGCAGAGGGAGGAAGAAGCAACGUGGGCUGGUGGCUCUUCACAAGGACAUGGAGUCCUGCGGGGAGUAUACUGAUAUUCAGGUCAUGUGGGAGAUGCUGCAUUCCUAUCAUCAUCCUUCGCCGGCUCCUCCUCGCCGCCGUGGCAGAUCGUCGGCGACGAGAAGGGUGCCCUGUUUCGGAUCCUGUUUCAGGCCGACGUAAUUGGCAGCAAACGGAGAGUGAUCAUCUGUCCGAAUACUAUAUAUUGCUUUUGUUUUUGCAGCUCUUCCAUUGAUCCAUUCUGUGCCAUUUGCAGUUUUGCUUGUCUGUGUAAAUAUCCGUGCAGUUUGAAGAAUAUACAUGGAGCAGAAAUUUUUGUUGUGUC